AUGGACUGCCCCCGCUCGGGGAGCUGCGAACUCGGGACAAGUGUGUGUGUGCGGGGCGGGAGCGCGGCGCAGCCCCCGGCACCUCCGUGCCCAAGUGAGCCUCGGACUGCUCCCGGGAAGAGCCGGCUCGCCCAGCGUCCAGCACCUUUGCCACUUCUCCUCCUCCUCUUCCUCCUCCCCCCGGCCCUCCCGUCCUCCUCCCUCACCCGAGGAUACUGGGGACUCCCUCCGGAUGCCGCUCGGCAGGCUCAGUGCUCGCAGGCUGCCUUUCCAGGGGCUCUCCUGAUCUCCGUGGAGCUCCGCAUCGCUCGCCUCCGCGCCCGCCCCGGAGUGCCCGUGCGCAGCGGAGAUGCCACCUUCCCCAAAGCUAUGGACAACGUGACUGUGCGGCAAGGGGAGAGUGCCACGCUCAGGUGCUCCGUGGACAACCGCGUCACCCGCGUGGCCUGGCUGAACCGCAGCAGCAUCCUCUAUGCCGGCAAUGACAAGUGGUGCUUGGACCCGAGGGUGGUGCUCCUGGCCAACACCAAAACCCAGUACAGCAUCCAGAUCCACAACGUGGAUGUGUACGAUGAGGGGCCCUACACCUGCUCUGUGCAGACAGACAAUCACCCCAAGACGUCGCGCGUCCACCUCAUCGUGCAAGUGUCGCCGAAAAUUAUCGAGAUCUCUUCUGACAUCUCCAUCAAUGAAGGCGGCAACGUCAGCCUCACCUGCAUAGCCACAGGAAGGCCAGACCCCACAAUCACCUGGAGACACAUCUCACCCAAAGCCGUGGGCUUCAUCAGUGAGGAUGAGUACCUGGAGAUCACAGGCAUCACGCGGGAGCAGUCGGGCGAGUACGAGUGCAGUGCCUCCAACGACGUGGCUGCGCCUGUCGUCCAGAGAGUCAAAGUCACCGUCAACUACCCGCCGUACAUCUCGGAUGCGAAGAGCACCGGUGUGCCGGUGGGGCAGAAGGGCAUCCUGAUGUGUGAAGCCUCCGCCGUCCCCUCCGCUGACUUCCAGUGGUACAAAGACGACAAGCGGCUGGCUGAAGGACAGAAAGGGCUGAAGGUGGAAAACAAAGCCUUCUUCUCCCGACUGACUUUCUUCAACGUCUCUGAGCAGGACUACGGCAACUACACCUGCGUGGCCUCCAACCAGCUAGGAAACACCAACGCCAGCAUGAUCCUUUAUGAAGAGACAACAACCGCUCUGACACCCUGGAAAGGCCCCGGUGCAGUGCACGAUGGCAACAGCGGUGCGUGGCGGCGAGGCAGCUGUGCCUGGCUGCUGGCCCUGCCGCUCGCCCAGCUCGCCCGCCAGUUCUGAGCCCCGAGGCGGCCACGACCACCACAGCAGAAAGGAGAGGAAGAAGAUGUAUUCACUGUUUCUGAAAAUAAUCAUAAGAAUUGAGAGAGUUGUCCGGCCAGGCCUUCUGGGGGAGGGGGAGAGAGGAAA